GUUCGCGCAGCACAAGCUCCAGUUCUGGUUCUUCGUGUUCCAGCUCAUCUUCGUGGUGCUUGUCACCACCGUUGGUAAGUCACUGCUGGAGGAGGCCAAGAAGUUGGUCGACGCACCAACCUCCGUGUUCACUAUCAUGGCAGAAAACGUGCCCAGCGUUACGCACUACUACAUGACCUACCUGGUCCUGCAGUGGUCUGCUCACGCUAUGGAGAUGCUUCGAUACAUGAACUUGUCCAAGUUCCUGUUCUUCAAGGUCCUGUUCACUCCAGAGGAAGCCAAGCGCCUGUCAGAGCCGGAGAACCAGGACAGCUUUGGCUUCGGGGCCAGAAGUGUGAAUCUGUCCAUCAACGUCGUGCUUGGAAUCCUCUUCU